GUCUGCGGCAGCCAGUGGGCGAUCGGAAAAGGACGAAAUUCUGCCGUACUCGCAUCAGGAUCAUUUUUCCUCGCUGGCGGCCAACAUUAUCACCGAUCAUGCACCGUCGAUGCUCGGUGAACCGAACUCACUGGCCAUGCUGGAGAAGAAAGCCCAGGAGGUACUGAACUCGGCCUCGCAGGGCAUUCUGUCCAACAAUCUGCUCGAUGAGCUGGCCUUUGCCAACGAUAAAUCCUCACCGAAUGGGCGUAACGAUGCGGCCCUGUUCAAGCACCGGUGUCGGUACUGUGGCAAGAUCUUUGGUUCCGAUUCUUCGCUCCAGAUUCACAUCCGAUCGCACACCGGCGAGCGACCGUACAAGUGCAACGUCUGCGGAAGUCGCUUCACGACCAAAGGCAACCUUAAGGUACACUUCCAGCGGCACUCGGACAAGUAUCCGCACAUCCCGAUGAACCCGAACCCGGUACCGGAGCAUCUGGACAAAUACUUCCCGCCGCUGAUCCCGCAGGAAGCGCUGAAGGAGCAACAACAGCAACAGCAACAGCAGCAACAACAGCAGCAACAACAACAGCAGCCAUCUGGCGGCCAAUCAACCUCUCAACCACCUUCGAUGACUCCCGGUGGACCCGGUUCCGGUGGUCCUUUCGCCGGUGUAGUGGACGGUCGAGCUGGUCCUCCUCCGUUUCCACCCCGGGGAUUCUUCCCGGAUUUCUACAUCCCCCGUCCACCGUUGCAGGAUCUGUUUGGUGCCGGUGCGGCAGCUAGCGAUGCGGCAGCCCGUGCUCCGGUCGAUCUGUCCCAGAUGAAGAAGCCGGAACCGGUGGCCCCAACGCCGCCAGCAAGCAGAGACGUCCGCAGUCCGCUUGAAAUGCGCAGCUCACACUCCCCGCUCGAACCACUCCCCAGUGAACCGCGGCCAGGAUCGGCGAAAAUCAAACAGGAACCAAUGGACGAAUCCCUUGACUUGUCGGAUAAAUCUUCGAAAGUGACACCGAUAACUCGAUCGACCAGCACUCCCAUCAAUCAUCAUCAUCAUCUGCAUCAACUGCAUCAUGAUGAACCGAGUGGAAAGGAGUCGCUGGGAGGAUCCUCAUCCGGACGCGAUCAUCGGGAUCGGUCUCGGGAUCGUGAGCAGCUGAUGGAGCACUCGGAUAUGAAGGAUGAUAGUGUAGGACCGGGAAGUGGUGGUACCGGUAACGGUAGCUUGAACCAUGUCCUCAACAAUUCUGCCGCCAGCGAAAAGGAGUUCCCGCUAAAGCUGAAGAACAACUCGGUGGAGAAUCUGGCCACCGUUCCCUCCGUAUCACCGCCGUCGAGCUCUUCGUCCGGUUCCCUCUACCAGGACACGGUGCUGGAUCCGUCGUUCUAUGCGGCUCAUCUACCGCGCCCCGACAGCAACGAUAGCUCGUGGGAGAACUUUAUCGAGAUCUCGUCCGAAACGUCCAAACUGCAGGAGCUGGUGGAUAACAUCGAGAAUAAAACGUCCGAACCGAACCAGUGCUUGGUGUGCAAGAAGGUACUGUCCUGCCGUUCGGCCCUCCAGAUGCACUAUCGGGUGCACACGGGCGAACGGCCGUUCCGGUGCAAGAUCUGUGGCCGUUCCUUCACGACGAAAGGAAAUCUGAAGACGCACAUGAGCGUCCAUCGGAUAAAGCCACCGAUGCGUACGCUACACCAGUGCCCGGUGUGUCAUCAGAAGUUCUCCAACAUCUUUGUCCUGCAGCAGCACAUCCGGUUGCAUACCGGGGAGAUGACGGAUCUUACGCCGGACCAGAUAAAGGCAGCCGAAAUUAAGGACUACGAAGGUGGAGUACCACCACCGGCAGCGGUUCAUCCGGAUGCACUGAGGCUCAAUCCGUUCGGUAUGCGGCUUGCCAGUGAGUUUCAUCAACAGCAGCAACACCUCCAACAACAGCAGCAGCAGCAGCAGCAGCAACAACAACAGAUGCAACAGCAACGGCAGCAGCAACAGCAGCAACAGCAGCAGCAGCAACACAACAAGCGUUCACUGGAGCAUUCGGAUGAGGAAAACGAAAACGAUGGUCCAGCGCCAGUGCAGGAUCGUGUGACACCGAUCGGGAAGCUACCGAAGGUUCCCAUCCACGAGAAGCUAAAGGUGAAAACCGGCUUGACCUCUCCGGCGAUCGACAGUCAGGUCGAGGAUCUACGAGCCAUGAAUUUGCAGCGUCUUUCGAUGCGCUCCUUACCGCCAGCGGAUGAUUCGUUUUCGCGGGACUCUUCCUCGGCCAGCCCUCGACCGAACGCGGCCAACAGCAGCAGUACCAAUCACAACAGCAGCAUGGCAGGAUCGGAAGCGAAACGACUGCGAUCGUCGAGCCCUUCGAAUGCAUCUUCCUCGCGACGUUCGCCGAUGACGACGCCUCCUACGAUGGGUGGUGCCGAGCAGGCGAGUGCCGCAGGACGUGCAGCGGCAGCGGCUGCGGCUGCCGUUGCCUUUCCUUACGGUCCACCAUUCCUCGGAAUGCCUCAGUUCCCGCCG